UGGGCCCAUACGUACACCCUUUUGUCACUGUCUCAUUUGUUUUUUCACUUUUCUUUAUUCUUUAUUAUGAGUGCCAUUUUGCUAAACUACGCUUUUCCUACUUAAUUAUAAACAGCCAGCAAUUGCAAAGUGAAGUUCACUCAUGAUUCAUUCCAUCCUUUAUUUGAACUGUUUAAUAUUUCUUCCUCUUCCCUGUAAGGAAAACAAAAAUGGUACUUCUUCCAUGUCCUCUGCCUUUCGAAUCAAAGAAAGAAUCAUCAGAUUCUGAUCAAUCUCACUCUAAACAUCUUUCCUCAGAUUCUUCAUCAUCACUAUCUUCAAGGUCAUUUUCUUCCCUCUACUCACAGCCAAGUCUGCUAUCUGUUCCUUCUCUUUCUAUAUCAUCUUGUCAAUUUGAACAUCUCUCCAACACCUACCACCACUGUGCAGCUACACUCACAGGCCAUUCCUCCUACAUAUUCUGCUUAUCUCUCGCUGGAAAUUACCUCUACAGCGGCUCUUCUAAUGGCGAAAUCCUCGCUUGGGAUAGAAAUCCUUCAAUACAGGACAAUUAUUCAACACAAAACAUUGUUUCCCAAAGUUGCAGCGCAGUCAAAUCCAUAGUCAUCUUGGGUGAUAAACUCUUCAGCGCCCACCAAGAUCAUAGAAUCCGAGUAUGGAAAAUUGACAAUGGUACGCCUAAUAAAAAAUACAAGUGCAUUGCCACCUUACCAACACUCAACGAUCGUUGUAUGAAGCUAUUUUGGACAAGGAACUACGUACAAGUGCGUAGACACAAGAAAUGCACAUGGGUACAUCAUGUUGACACAGUAUCAGCUUUAGCCUUAUCCAAAGAUGGCUCUUUGCUUUACUCUUCUUCAUGGGACAGAACUUUUAAAGUAUGGAGAACUUCAGAUUUCAAAUGCAUAGAAUCAGUAUGGAAUGCACACGAUGAUGCUAUCAACUCCAUAGUUUUAUCCAAUAAUGGACAUGUUUACACUGGGUCAGCAGACAAGAAAAUCAAAGUAUGGAAGAAACAACAAGACAACAACCAUACCCUAUUGGCUACUCUAGAGAAGCACAAAUCAGCAGUGAAUGCAUUAGCUCUUAGUGAAGACGGUUCUGUUUUAUACUCUGGUGCUUGUGAUCGAUCAAUAGUUGUAUGGGAAAAAGAGAGCAGUAGUGCUAGACAGAUGGUGGUGUCAGGGGCAUUAAGAGGACACAAAAAAUCUAUUUUGUGUUUGGCUGUGGUCUCUGAUUUGGUAUGCAGUGGAUCAGCUGAUAAAACUGUGAGAAUAUGGAAGAGAGGAUUUGGAAAAAGCUAUUCUUGUUUGGCAGUGUUUGAAGGGCACAGUGGUCCAGUUAAGUGCUUGACUGCAGCUUUAGAUACUAGUGAUAGUACUAGUACUAGUAUAAAAGAUGAUUCUGGUUCUGGAAAUUCUUACCUGCUUUAUAGUGGUAGCUUGGAUUGUUAUGUUAAGGUUUGGAAAUUUUGGGUUCCUAAUUACCUCUAGAAUUCAUCUAUGCAUACCUUUUUACCUUAAUCAUAGUACGAUAUUGUAAAUAUAAAAGAGAACAUAUGACUUAAUUUCUUUUCUUUUUUUGGUUGUUGGUUUUCUUACCCUUUUUGUUUGAGGGUUGGACAAUGGAAAUGGAGACAAGCUUUAGAAGUUCUCCAUCCAUUUUUAUCUCAAGAGAUUCACUUUAUAUGUUGUCAUUGAUCUCCUGAAAUAUUAUCACUUUCCUA